AAAUUAAAAGUAGAAGGGGGACCCUCUGAACCCUUCUUCCUCCUCGUUAAGUUUUAACUAUGCUCGAGUGACUUUACUUUGAGCUAGCUUCUUUCUUCUAAAUGAAUGCCAAGAAACUUUGAGCUAGUGACUUUACUUUGAACUGGGCGAUCCACCGGCUACCAUCAGCAGCAGCAACAACCUCACCGAUUUCUCCCCGGCGGUUAGGGUAGGGGAGCCGGCGCCGGAGCUGUGACCGACUCUUCCACUUACGUUGAUCCUUCCUUAUCCUCUAAACGCAGGUAGUAUGAUGCACAGAGCCGAGAGAAAAUACCAAGUAGGUGCAGUUACAGAUGAAGAAGAAGCGAAACGAAGGCAAUUAAAGGGCAUCUUGGAAAAGUUGACCCCGCAAAACUUUGAGAAAGUUUUGGAGCAAUUUAAAAGUGUCAACAUCGACAACGCCGUUACUCUUACUGGUGUAGUUUCACAGAUAUUUGACCAAGCUUCGAAGGAGCCUACCUUGGGUGAGAUGUAUGGAGAUUUAUGUUACCAUCUGUCUGGGACGUUACCCGAUUUCAAUGAGGAUGGUGAAAAGAUUACUUUCAGAAGAUUGCUUCUCAAUAAAUGUCAGAUGGAAUUUGAGAGAGGAGAGAAAGAAGAGGAGGAAGCCAAUAGAGUUCCUGAAGAAGGACAAACCGAGGAGGAGAGACUCAAGGUUCGGAGGAGAAGGCUCGGUAAUAUUAGACUUAUUGGUGAGUUAUACAAGAAAAGGAUGUUGACUGAGAAAAUCAUGCACGCAUGCAUCCAGAAGUUGCUCGGGUAUGAUCAGGAUCCACAUGAAGAGAACAUAGAAGUUCUGUGUGAACUAAUGAGUACGAUAGGAGUUAUGAUCGAUCACGACAAAGCUAAGGUCCAUAUGGAUGCAUAUUUUGAGAGAAUGAAAAUGCUAUCAUGCAAACAAGAAUUGUCUUCUACAGUCAGGUUCAUGUUAAUUAAUGCCAUCUAUCUGAGAAAGAGCAAAUGGCAAGAGAGAAUGAAAGUUGAAGGGCCAAUUCCGGAAACAGUAGGAAAUAAAGAUUCUUGCGUCUUUCUCAAGGAAAGAAAUGAAAGCAUGGAUAUCAAUGGGUUUCAUGUCUUGUCUUCACAAGUAGAAUCUGUGAGGCGUCUGUUUGAGAGACAUCCAGACAUUGCAAUAGGUUUCCGUGCAAAGAACCAGCUUCUGAGGAACUCUUGCAUGAAUUCCCUUCUCAGCUUAAUCGAGACACUGUGUCAACCACUUGAAGAUCUCUCCAAUGAAGAUCUUGUCGAAGCAGACAUCGCACUGACUUAUGUGAAAGAUUUAGGCUUUAGAGUGGAUUGGUUGGACAAGAAGCUAGACCAAGUAAAAGAAAAGAAGAGGAAAGAGCUGUCUGGUUCUGCCAUGCUUCAAGAAACAGAGGAAAGUUUACUGAAGCUGAAGCGAAAGUGUGCAGAGCUUGAGGCUCUAGCUGAGGAGCAGAAGGCCGAGUUGUCGGCCACCAGAACUCCUCUGUCAUUCGACGAUGUUGUUUGAUGACUUGAACAGCUCAAGCUGAGCUCUUAAGACAUUUGGUUUUCUACUAUCUAAGUUUCUUUGUUGGUUGUCAAAAUAAGAGAUCAUCUUGGCUUUA